CUUUCAAUUCUGAAUUCCGUUGGUGAUUGGUGGGAUUGAAAUAUAUAUCCUGUCAAAAUAAAUUUAACGAAUUUUUGGUAGUUUGAGCACUUAUAUUAAUUUUAGUCAAAAAUGGCCCAAAAUUUCAAUCCUAGCUUACAAUCUACUAGUGACAGUUCGAAACAUAAUGAUGACUCCAAAACGACAUCAACGGAUAACCAUGCAGUAUCAAAAAGAUUACAGAAAGAGUUGAUGUCCCUAAUGGUAUCCCCGGAUAAGAGCAUCUCAGCUUUCCCAGAUGGAGAUAACUUCUUUAGUUGGAUAGGCACUAUUAUGGGUCCAAAAGACUCUGUGUAUGAAAAUAUGAAAUUCAAACUAAAGUUGAAAUUUCCUAGUGCAUACCCGUACUCGGCCCCUUUCGUGAAAUUUAUUACACCAUGCUUCCAUCCAAAUGUAGAUGCAAAAGGCAAUAUUUGUUUAGAUAUUUUAAAAGACAAAUGGACUGCCCUUUAUGAUGUAAGAGGUCUUCUUAUUUCAAUUCAGGCUUUAUUAGGAGAUCCAAAUGUAGACAGUCCUCUCAACACAUUAGCAGCAGAGAAAUGGCAGAAGCCAGAAGAAUUCAAGAAAUUUGUUAUAGAGAUGUAUAAGGAAGCUUAGUUAACCAAUUGUAUUAUUUUUUUAAGUUAUUAGGAAUUUUAUAUUGCAAUUGUGCGUUUUUGAGAAAAAUAAGAAUUUAUGAUCACAAAAUUACUUCUUUUUUCAUUUACAUGUUUCUCAGAAUCACUUAUGCAGAUAUGAAUUUUUAAAAUACCACUAAAAUAUCUUAAUCAAGAUGUGUUCAUAAUUUUAUAAACUGAGACUCAUUGGAAUCUUUCAUUUUUUCUGAGCAAUAGUUUAAAUUGUUUUUUAUACUUAUGAAUGAAAGGUUUCGAUAAAUUUUCUGUGAAUUCUUUAUACUUUUGGAUUAAAAUUUGUUUAUUUUUCAA